AUGGCGAAGAGCUCCUUCAAACAAGAGCAUGAUCUCGGUAUGCGCGAUGCAUUCAGCCACCCGUAUCAGCUCUAUUUUCUUCUACCUCAUUUACUCGAAUGUCUCAUGAAUCCACUCCGAAAAAUUAAAUCAUAGCCCUAAAUAAUUUUCAGCGAAGCGAAGUGCAGAGUCUGCGAGGAUCAGAGAGAAGUACCCUGAUCGGAUUCCGGUAAGAACCCGUCGUGGAUCUCGUUUCAUUAUCCCUAUGAAUUGACACAACUUUCCGCCCGUUCCUGGUUCUCCUACUUGUCAUUAAUAUGUCCCUCCUCUUCCUCACGAAUUUUCCCUGGCUGAUUGUUCAAUUCUCAAUAUGGUAGCCCUUAAUAUCCCAAAUCGUGUAGAGAUAGAUAUAUGUCCCAACUCUAGAUAGGACCCCAAGAUCUUAUGCCCCAAACUCCAUGGCUCCGUGUUUUCUUCUGGAUUGAAUGGACGUGCAUGUUGUUCUUCAUGUGCAGAUGAAUCUUCAAAAAUACCAUCCCCAUAGAAAGGGGAAAAUCGAUGUAAAUCGAAACGUUCAUCUGUUUCCGUUCUUGGGGGCAUUCUCUCUCUCCUCCACAUUCUGCAGAAGCCUGCCGAGCUUCCUUCUUUAUCCACCAGGGGCGCUCACAGCCAUACUGUAGGAGGCCAUGAUUGCAAGCUUUGUCCAACCAUCUUCCAUGGUGUUUUCCAUCUCCUCCCCUCAUACCCACCAUCAGCGGCCACCAUAAUCAAAGCUCACAACGUCUUUUCUCGAAAGGCCGGCAAGCUUUCCAAGGCCGAGGCGCCAUCUCCUUGCCCUUUUAAGCAAAAACCUCUUCUGGUCUUACAACCAUUUAUGUGCUUCAAGGUGAUCGUCGAGAAGGCCGAGAGGAGCGACAUCCCCAACAUCGACAAGAAAAAGUAAGCAACGCCCUCUGGACACCUCUCUCUGUGCCCAAAUGGAGACGGAAAAAAAGAAAAAAGCGAAUGAUCUCACGGUCGCCGUCCCGCCGCCUCCAACCUGAUUGAACAUCGCAGGUACCUGGUUCCUGCGGACCUCACCGUCGGGCAGUUCGUCUACGUGAUCCGGAAGAGGAUAAAGCUCAGCGCCGAGAAGGCCAUUUUCAUAUUCGUUGACAAUGUCCUCCCCCCCACAGGUCAACCCACCGGCUCCAAUAGAGAGAGAACAGCAUUGAAGAACUUGCAGAGCUUCUUCUCCUCGUUUGAUAUGAAGCCGGUGGAUGAUGGGUUCUGGGUUUUUUCUUCUCCUGCAGGGGCCAUCAUGUCGGCGAUCUACGAGGAGAAGAAGCACGAGGACGGGUUCCUCUACGUGACCUACAGCGGGGAGAACACGUUCGGGCAGUAG